CUGUUCGUGGUUAAUAAAAAGGACCAGCGAAUACUCUUUGCUUCAACUCAUAAUCUCUUUUCAUAAUAUCAAAAAACUUUUUUCCUCAUCUUUAAGGUAAACAAAAACCUUUUGCUAUUCCCUUUAAUGUUUCAAAACUUUGAUGGUUAAGUCUUCUUUAGUUUGUGUGUGUUUCAGAGCUAUGCAGAACCAAGCAAACAGACAAGGAAGAAUUCAUUUUGCUGAGCUCCAAACAGGAGGACUAAGAGUUGUCUGUCCACAAUGUCACGUUCGAUUCACACCUCAUCUCGGGCAUCUGCUUGCAGCUAGGCUUCCAUGUAAAAACUGUAAGGCCAACUUAUCUUAUAGAAGCAGCACAGGAAGAACAGUGAAAUGUCCUUGUUGUAGUUCAUGGCGUCCUAUGCCUAGUGUUAAAACUCUGGUAUGUGGUGGAUGUAAUGCAACAAUCAUAUAUCAAAUGGAAGAUCGAUCUGUUAAAUGCUAUCCCUGCAAACACAUCACACAUCCACAGGAAACAAAUGAUGGGGAUAGUUCAUUUUACCAAUUUGUUCCUUCUCUGGUUAACGGGGUUGGUCCUUCUCAAGGUAACUGGGUUAUUUCUCAAGAAGUUAACCGGGUUGUUCCUCCUCAGACUAACCAGUUUAUUCUUCCUCAAGUCAACCUGGUUAAUCCUUCUAUGGUAAACCGGGCUGUUCCUCCUCAAACCAACCCCCUUAUUCCUCAUCAGGUUAACCGGGUUAUUCAUCCUAAGACUAACCGGGUUAUUCCUCCUCAAGUCAACUUGGUUUAUCCUUCUAUACUUAACCGGACUGUUCCUCAAACUAACCCCCUUCUUCCUCAUCAAAUUAACCGGAUUGUUCAUCCUCGAGUUAACCGGGUUAUUCCUCCUCAAAUUAACCGGAGGAAACGUAAAGCAAAUGCAGAAACUGAAUCAACUGCAACUUCUCCUUUUACCGUGAGUUAUCUUUUGUUUUUUUUUUCAAUGAAGGUACUAGGAGCUUGCUUUUGUAAGAAUAAUAACGCUUCUACAUUUCUUUUUUGCAGCCAAACACUGAGAGUGAGAGCACAAGCGCCUUUGUAGCUGAUUAUGUUGCUCGACUUGUAAUCACCCACCUUUGCAUUAUUUUUAUUUUUGUGGAAAUUCAAUACGUAGAAUUAUUUUUUCUUAUUUUAAUCUGUUACUUCAAAAGAUUUCAUUUUCUAAUUACAUUGUGCUUUUUUGGUGUUUUAUUGGUCAGGUGAGGGAUUGUGCUCCUGCAAACAAGACAGAACCAAAAGAAUAAGAAGACUCGUCUCUGAUCGAUUUAAAAGUACUCUUGUACUACACGGUUGAUCUGCUUUUUGCACUUUUUUGCUUCUUUGAGCUUUCCUCAUUGUUUCAUUAUGUUUAAAGUAAUUUCUGUUUUUCUG